AUGUAUUUCUCCACAUCAGUACUCGUAGCCGGAUUGGUCAGUCUUGCGCAGGCGCAGGUCCCAUCUGGCUUUACGCCACAGGCCGCCACCAAACUCGAAGUCAUCUUCAACUCGACUAUGGUCAACACGGCAGGACAGCAAUUAGCAAAAGCUUCUGUCGCAACACAACCACAACUUGCAUUAUCCAGCGCUAUGAUCGACUCAAGCCAAACAUACAUGUUUGUGAUGCUCGACCUUGAUGUCCCACCAGCGAACGGGAGCACCGAGCGACGUGUGUUAUUACACUGCAUGAACACCGGAUUCAAGGCAACAAAGCAACAACUUAUGGGCGCUGCCACUCUGCUCGCGUCAUCAGAAAAGGGCCCAGCAGCGUAUAUUCCUCCAGGUCCUCCAGCGACCGAUACAGUCGCGCAUCGAUACGUACAGCUGCUUUUCCAGCAACCCGCCAGUCUCAACAUUCAGGCGUCGGCAUUCGCUGGAGCACAAGCUCGGAUAGGUUUCGAUAUCGAAUCGUUUAUGUCGAAGAAUGGCGUGAGCGCGCCAGUCGCAGGAAACUUCUUUCGUGUAGACGGAAGGAUAGCUGCAACCGCCAGUGGAACUGCUGGUGCUGCGGGCGCGUCGGGCACUGGUGCCAUGCCAACCGGUACACCACAGCCUUUCACUGGUGCAGCUGGCGAAGUCAGUGUACCAUACGGGACGGCUGGUCUGCUUAGUGGCAUAGCUCUUUUCGUGCUGCUAGUGCUAUAG